ACCAGGCAAUUUUUCUGGUUUCCCUACAAACGAGAAGGGGAGAGAGUUCAUUCAGGCCCUGCGAGAGGACCUGGUACUUUCCUUCUAAAGCUCUCGUUUCCUCGGGGAACAGAAUUGCUACACGCAGUAGUUAUAAUUAUUUAAUAUGUUUCCACUGACUGAGGAAAAUAAGCAUGUGGCCCAGUUGUUGCUCAGUACUGGUACCUGUCCAAGAUGUAUCUUCAGAUUCUGUGGUGUGGAUUUUCAUGCACCUUACAAACGUCCCUACAAGGAGUUGCUCAAUGAACUACAGAAAUUUUUGGAAACUGAAAAAGAGGAAUUAAUUUCGGAUGUUCCAAACCCACCUCCCAAGAAAAUUCGACUACAAGAACUAGAAGAUGGGAUUGAUGGGAUUGAUAAUCUGAGUCAAAAUGGAGAGGGGAGGGUCUCCAUUUUGGAAGAUGGUAGCAUUGCUUCUAAGAACUCAAAUUUAAAUGUAUGCAAUGUAUGUCUAGGAAUUCUUCAAGAAUUCUGUGAAAAAGAGUUCAUUAAAAAGGUGUGCCAAAAAGUUGAGGCCUCUGGUUUUGAAUUUACCAACUUGGUAUUUUCAGUCUCCUUCCCACCACAGCUAUCUGUAAGAGAGCAUGCUGCAUGGUUGCUGGUAAAACAGGAAAUGGGAAAGCAGAAUCUGUCGCUGGGAAGAAACGAUAUAGUACAGCUAAAAGAAGCCUACAAAUGGAUAACUCACCCCCUGUUUUCAGAGGAACUGGGUGUUCCCAUUGAUGGAAAGAGCUUGUUUGAAGUGAGUGUGAUCUUUGCUCACCCAGAAACAGUUGAGGAUUGCCACUUCCUACGUGCAAUAUGCCCAGAUUGCUUCAAGCCAGCCAAAAACAAGCAGUCGGUGUUCACUAGAAUGGCAGUUAUGAAAGCGUUGAAUAAGAUAAAAGAAGAGGAUUUCCGCAAGCAGUUUCCUUGUCCUCCAAACUCACCAAAGGCUGUAUGCACUGUUCUUGAAAUUGAGUGUGCUCAUGGUGCUGUUUUUGUGGCUGGGAGAUAUAAUAAAUAUUCCAGGAAUCUACCGCAAACUCCUUGGAUAAUUGAUGGAGAAAGGAAGCUGGAAUCUUCAGUGGAAGAAUUAAUUUCAGAUCAUCUUUUGGCAGUAUUCAAAGCAGAGAGUUUUAAUUUUUCCUCCUCUGGAAGAGAAGAUGUAGAUGUGAGAACAUUAGGAAAUGGAAGGCCCUUUGCAAUUGAGCUGGUGAAUCCUCAUAGAGUACAUUUCACUUCACAAGAAAUUAAGGAACUUCAGCAGAAAAUUAAUAAUUCGUCUAACAAAAUCCAAGUCCGUGACUUGCAGCUUGUCACAAGAGAGGCAAUAGGACAUAUGAAAGAAGGUGAAGAAGAAAAGACCAAAUCCUACAGUGCCUUAAUAUGGACAAAUAAAGCCAUACAGAAAAAAGACAUUGAAUUCCUAAAUGACAUAAAGGACUUAAAGAUUGACCAGAAAACACCCCUCCGAGUCCUGCAUCGGAGGCCCUUGGCUGUGAGAACUCGCAUCAUUCACUCCAUGGAGACGCGCUAUGUGGAUGAACAUCACUUCCACCUCUACCUGAAGACUCAAGCUGGCACCUACAUUAAAGAGUUUGUACAUGGAGACUUUGGGAGAACCAAGCCGAACGUUGGCUCUCUAAUGAAUAUGACUGCAGACAUUCUUGAGCUGGAUGUUGAGUCUGUAGAUGUUGACUGGCCCCCUGCUCUGAAUGACUAGCUUUCAAACUUGGAAACACAGAGUAGGGUUUUCGUGGCACGAUGUGGACAUCCGUUCAGCAUACACUGUAUGAUGGCUGUUUACUCACCAUAACAGUGUCUUGGAAACCAUUUGGAUCAUGUUGAUCUAUAUAUUUUAACAUUUGUUGUAACAUCUCAGGAUCUAUAUAUGUGUAUAUUUUGUGUUAAAUGUUCUAAGGAUAUCUUAUGAUUUUUCUUGUUCCCUCUCCAACCCCCACAAGCCAAACUAUGAAUAAUGGAAACAUUCUCUUAAUUAUUCCAUUUAGAGAAGUACACAAACAGGAUGCAUUCUGAUAAUCUGAGAAGCUAGAAUUUCUUUCAGCACAAUUUCCCUGCACAAGACAUACCACCUUCAAAAUCAUGUUCUAAAUUUGUUAAAUGAUCUUGACAAAAGAUCUAGAUUGAUACACAGGACAGUAUCCUAUAAUAUCCUAAGAUAUCAAAUGUAAAUCUGACAUCAUUAAUAUUUUUCCCGGUAAACUUCAAGUAAGCCGUUGUCAACAGAAGUACUCUUUGGUAUAAUCUGUCACAAAUCUUAAUGACUUCAAGUUACUAUUUUGACAACCUAAAAAAAUCAAUACCUUUCCUGGGGAGGGAAAGUGAAACUUAGGAAUUGAGGUGUACCCUGGUAAGAGACUUCCAUAAAUCUUUUAAAUAAGGAGACACAAGUGCCUUCAGUAAUUUCAAACCCAGGGAUAAGAUUUUGAAAAAUUAAGAUUGCUAAACAAUCUGAUAUAUUCCAGAGUGCUUCAAUAUAUUAUCCAAUUUCACACAUUUGCAUCAAGUGGAUAGGAUUUCAUCAUUUCCAUUUUAUAAAUAUGAAAACCAAAGAAUGAAAGUUAAAUGAUUUGUCUAAAAUUGUUAGUUACUUCCUUAGGAGGGGCUAAAACUGAAAUGUCCUGGUCUUUAAGGUCCUUUCUUAAUAAACCUUGUUAUUGAGCACCCACUGUGUAAAGGAGGCACCUGAGAAUGUCAUUUAAAUGCACUAACCAUGAGAAUUGACUUUUAGAAUUCAGAUACCAAAUCAAGGAGCUUACCAAAAAAAUAGCCCAAGUAUAUUUCAUAUGAUCUCAUAUGAUGACCAUUUGUUAGUAAGUUGGUACUAUGAAGAGAGAACAGGAAAUAAGCCAAACCUAAAGAAAAUGGAUGGGUCAUUAAGAGGAAUGUUUCAGCAAUCUCAUUAAAAUUUGAGAUUUAAGUAUAAUUUGUCACCCUGAUUCAACUAUCUGAGCUUAUUUUAAAACACAUGUGACUUGGAUGGUAUUGGAUUAUUGUUUUCCAUCUCUUCAUUAAACCUACUUCAUAGAUACCAAGAUGUAUUAUUCAUUUUAGAAAUCAGGAAAAUUAUUUAAUUGACAUGAAGUUCCGUAUGUGAAUACUAGCAAAAACUUUUUUCACUAUUUUCAAUGCCAGAAAGUGAGAAAGGGAUAACGGAAAUAAACUUCUGAUAAACAGGGAAGAAAUUUUGUGUGUUUCUCCAUUUCUGGGGAAGUUUUGCCACAAAAGAUUUAAAUAAUUUGGGAGAUAGUCUUUUGCAUGUUUCUUGUGGCUCAGCCUUGAAUUUAGUGGAAUCUCCAAACUGGAAAAAUUAAGAACUUCCUUAACAGAUUUCUAUUUCUUAAAUUUCUAUUCCUGACAUGCAAAGUUUUAAGCAAAAACAUUAGCUGUUUAUACUUUAUUUAUUCCAUAUGUUCAUAUAUUAUGAGACACAGGUUGUUAAAAGUUAACGUUAGGUCUUUGUGUUAUGCAGAGCUGGGAAUAUUAAGUAAUGAGUGCUAUAGUUUCACUUUUGCCCAUAUAAAAUUAUUUUUAGUUUUGUGAUCUCCCCUCAUAGCUUUGUUUAAAUGAAGUCUUUAAUAACACUUAAAGAAAGGGCCUAUUGUACUUCUUAGUAUUUCUUUGUUCCAAAUACAGUCUGUGAUUUAGUUGAGGAAAAACAACUCUGAAUACCUGGAAAAGAAAAGAAAAAAAAAUAUCCCAAGUAAGGUAACUGGUGACAUUAACAAGUUAUAUGAAAUAAACUUGGAAGUUAAAUUUCCAUUUCCAAAGAGAAAAACAUUUUACUUAGGCUGAUCUUUUCUUUUGGAUCUUUAUCCUUGAUUAUUAAGCCCACAUAAAGAGAAUGAGCUUUGACACAAGCUUUUUGGAUUUUCUGAAAUGGUACCCCCCUCCUUUUUUUUUUUUUUUAAGUUUUUUUUAUUUUGAGAGAGAGAAAGUACAUACGGGAGGGGCAGAGAGAGAGGGAGAGAGAGAGAGAAUCCCAAGCAGGCUCUGAACUGUUAGCACAGAGCCUGACAUGGGGCUCAAACUCACGAACUGUGAGAUCAUGACCUGAGCAGAAAUCAGGAGUCAAAUGCUUAAGUGACUGAGCCCCCUAGGUGCUGCUUUUUUUAUUAUGGAGAAAAAAAAAAUACCGCUUUUAUGAUAUUCAUUUAUUUUCAUUUUGAAAUAAUUUCAAAUUUACAGGAAAGUUGCAAGAAAAGUACAAAGAACCUUUUCCCCCUAAACCAUUGAGCCAGUGAUGCUUCAUCACCCUGAAUACUUCAGUGUGUAAUUUCUACAAACAAGGACAUUCUUCUUCGCCACAACAGAACCAUCAACUCAGAAGUUCACAUAGAUAUUACGACUGCGUAAUCCACAGACCCCACUUAAGUCUCACCAGUUGUCCCAACGGUGACUUUCACGGGCAAGGGAUCACACUUUGCAUGUAACUGUUACGUUCCUUUAAUCUCCACUAAUCUGAAAAGUUUGUCUUUCCUUGACUUUCAUUACUUUAAUAUUUUUGAAGAUUUCAGGUCAGUUAUUUUGUAGAUUGCUCCUACAUCUGGGUUUGCUUGAUGUUUCCUUAUUAUUAGACUCAGGUUGUACCUUCCUCGCAAGAGUACCAUAGGAGAUAUUAUCUUCUUGCAUCUUAUCAGGUAUUCUACAAUUUUGAUUUGUGCAGUUGCUGACGACUGGAUUUUAAUCACUUAAUGAAGGUAGUGUCUGCCCCGCUCCUCCACUUUUAUAGUUACUCUUUUUUCCCUUUAAUUAAUGAGUAUCUUAUAAGGAGAUCAUCACACUUUCAUCUAUUAAUUUUAGCAUUUACUGAAGAUUUGUCAAAUACUGAUUUUCUAAUUCCACCGUUCCUUUUACAUUUCUUGGUUACCAUUCCACCGAAAGGUAGAAGUUUCCCUUCUUGUGGAUUUGUGGCUUCCUGUUUUAUUUGACGGGUUAUAAUUUGUUACUUACGAAUGCAAAGGCAUACAUGCACAAACACAUUACUUUACACAUAUUGAAAAUUGGGAGUUGUAUACCAGUACUUCCAAUUCCAACCUUAUUCUAGUUUUCUCCCUUUUCAUAUUUGUAAUACCUUUCUCUGACAGAAAUCUGGCUCCCAUUAGCCUUAUUUAUUUACUUGAUAGAUCAGUCCCCCUCCUAAAUAACCAAUCUCCUAUUUCUUAUUCCAGAU